ACACGCACACGCACAAAAAAGAAAGAAAACGAAACCGAGGCCAACGUACACCAAACUGCAAGUGAUGCACUGGUCCUAACGAAUUCUGUUUUUCUUGAGAGACAGACUUGAGAGAUGCGGUGUUGGGGAGACGGCUCUAGCGGGCAGUUUGGCCGGUCAGCGAGGCAGAGUGUGUUCUCUCCCUCUGCAGGGCCCAUCUCCGUGAAGACGAGACAGAUUUCAUGUGGGGAACAGCAUACUCUGUUUCUCCUGGAAGAUGGAAAUGUUUUGUCAUGUGGUCAAAAUUCAAAGGGGCAGCUUGGAAGACAGAAAGAUCAGGAUUCUAAAUCACCUGGACGUGUGGAGGGUCUGGGUGGUGUGGUGAGUGUCGUGUGCGGGCGGGACCACAGCGUGGCGGUGCUGUCCUCAGGAUCGGUGCUCUCCUGGGGGGCUGGAGGAGCAGGACAGCUGGGCAUCGAUACCUCCGCCCCCCCCUCAGCCCCCAGGCCCCGGCCAGUACCUUUUCCUGAUAGAAUCCAGGUGGUUCAGGUAGCUUGUGGUGACGCCCAUUCCCUGGCCCUGACGUCAGGUGGAGAUGUGUAUUCUUGGGGUCUGAACAGCCACGGCCAGCUGGGCCUGGGGAAGGGCGUGUCCCUGCAGCCCUACCCCACCCAGGUGCGCUCCCUGACAGGGGUGCCCGUCACCCAGGUGGCAGCCGGAGGCACCCACACCCUGGUCCUUUCCCUCUCAGGCCUGGUCUACUGCUGUGGGGCUAACCGGGCGGGGCAGCUGGGCCUCAACAGGGUGGACGAUAAGGGGCGCUUCAACGUGUGUGAGGUUCCUGCACUCAGAUCUCUGGGGAUCAGCUUCAUCAGCUGUGGAGAUGCCCACACUGCUGUCCUGACCAAGAACGGACAAGUUUUUAGCUUCGGAGAGGGGAGCAGAGGUCAGCUUGGUCACAACUCCACAGCCAAUGAGCAGAGCCCUAGACUGGUGGAGGGCCUGGGGGGAGUGGCCUCGCAGAUCACCUGUGGCAGCCACCAUACCCUGGUGCUGGAGUCCUCAGGUCACCUCUGGGCCUUCGGCAGUGGGGUCAAAGGUCAGCUGGGGACAGGAAGUCCACAGAAUAGCCUGCAGCCAAUGGAAGUGCAGCUACCCAGGGUUCCAGGAGAGCUAACCACACCCACCACAGGUAUGACAAUAACUGCUGGGUGGAAUUCCAGCUUCGUUUACACAGCGGCAACAAGGGGUUCUGGGCCCAAGUGCACACAUGGACGAUUAGAUGAGGACAAGUUGCAACAAUGGCGGUCGAUGCAAACUGGCAAUAAACAGGCACAAGGAGAGAUAUCUUUGAUGUUUUCAACAAGUGCAAGUCUUGUUGCAAGUUUCACAAAACUCAACAGCCAGUCCAAGUCAGGGAUGACUCUGACCGUGGACACAGAUGCUGCUAACCAGGUUCUGGACCUGCUGCUCAAUACCCCCUGGGCUAAACAAUCAGUGGACCUGACUCAGCUGCUGGGGGAUCUUCUCCUCUCCAGCCCGGUGCUGAAGUCACCAGAGGUGUUCCUCCUGCUACCUCUGUGUCCUCCACUGCACCAGGACCAGAGCGUCCUCUCCCUGGUCAUGCCCCUGGCUGUGGCGCUCUCACGACUCAACCACACGGCCAUGCAGACGCUGAAGGACUGGCUGGCCAAGAUGUCUGCCAGUGUGCUGACCAAGCACAUCCAGCUGUGGAAACACACCCUAGGCUUCCUGCUCCGCUGUGGCCUUCUGAACACCCACAACCCGGAAGUGAGGCUGGUGCUGCUGGCUCUCAAACACCUCUACAGGGCAAACAAAAGGGCAGCGAAAUCGCAGAGAAUUCCCAUCAGCUUCUUCUAUGUGGAUGAGAUAGCCAGUCAUGUUCAUCUGCCUACGGAUGUUAUGCUUUGGCAUUCCUGUUCCACUGCAGAGGAUGAUGAUGAGGAAGUCAUCUUCUGCUGCUAUCCCUUCCUCAUGAAUCUGCAGUGCAAAAUAUACAUCUUUAACUAUCAUGCAGAAAUAGGACGGGCGACACACCAUUUCAUUUACCAGAUGUCGGUAAAUGUGGCAAACCUCCCAGAGUCUGCUCCUGCCCCAGUGUUCCAGCUGAAACUGAGGCGGCCAUGUCUGGUGGAAGACACCUUCAGACAGCUAGCCGCCGCCGACCACUGCGCCUUCAGUCGAGAACUUCUCGUGCAGUUUGUGGAUGACAUGACGAUCACACAGGUCAACAAGAGAGACUUCUUCCUCCACAUCUUCAAGCUGCUGCUGGAGUCUGAGAUGUUUGUGUAUAACGACAGACAGACUCUGUUGUGGUUCCCUUCCCAGCCCACAGAGAGGGACAAGAACUACUUCCUGUUUGGGGUCCUGUGUGGGAUGGCCUUGUACAACCACAACAUUGUGCAUCUGCCCUUCCCAUUGGUCCUCUUCAAGAAGUUGGUGAACGUCAGGCCCUCAUUGGACGACAUGAUUGAGUUUGAGUCGAUCGUGGGCGGGAGCCUUCGUUACAUCCUGCUGGACUACACCGAUGAUGACUUGGAGAACCUGGAUAUGACCUACUCAGUGCACUGGGGCAACAGAAAAGUUGAACUUGACCCAAACCAGCCAGGGAAACUUGUCACAAGUUCCAACAAGAGAGAGUUUGUUGAUGCUUAUGUCAACUACGCUUUCAACCAAUCGGUGGAGCGGGUGUUUGAGGAGUUCAAGAGAGGUUUCUUCAAAGUGUGUGUCAGAAAGGUGGUGGAUCUGUUCCAGCCUGCAGAGCUGCAGGGGGUCAUGGUGGGGAAGGAAGACUACGACUGGCCCGUACUGAGAGAGAGCUGUGUGUAUGAAGGAGAGUUCCACACCUCGCACCCCAGCAUCGUGGCGUUCUGGGAAGUGUUUGAGGAGCUGACGGCAGAGCAGAAGAAAGCCUUCCUCUUGUUUCUAACAGGCUGUGAUCGUGUCCCCAUCCUGGGUAUGAAAAUGAUUAUUAUGAGGGUGUCGCCUCUUCUCAAUGCCAACGAACACCAUUUCCCAGAAUCCCUGACAUGCCACUUCCUGUUGCUGCUGCCUAUCUACCCAUCCAACCAGAUCCUCAAGGCUCGGCUUAUUGAGGCUUUGAACCACAACAGAGGGUUCUGGAAGGAAUGAGGCCCAUAAACAUUCUGAUGGGUGAAAAUACAUGAUUGCACUUUCUAUUGUAGGUCAUUAUAGAGUGUGUUAGGACACAAAAUCCACCUUAAUUGUUUUGUGCAUUUGAUUUAUGAAUACUAGUGGGGUUUAUGAAGGAUCAGUUAUGAAGUUAUAUGUCUUAUGAAUAAACAUUUGUUGCAAUCUUAACAUGCAUAUCUACAUUAACAUUACACUCUAUUUGAUCUAAUAACAAUAAAAAAAACUGUUGAAA